AUGAAGCUGCCUUAUGCCAAGCUGCAGACAAAUCGCCGACCGGUGCGGUGCGUCUUUGCGGAGCGUGGCUGCACAAUGCUCUUCUGCUCGGUGCGAUGUCGACAAGCGGGCUGGUCGCGAUUUCAUUUCGCUGGUUGCCCUGGAAAUAUGACGGAGGAUCAGCAGAGGGCGUAUGACGAAUUUCUGCACCACGAUUGGGAGUACAGGGGAGUGGACUACAGUGAUACGGCCUUUCUCGCCUUCCGCUUCAUCUGCGUCGCUCUCACGAACGUACGCCUGCACCGUCAGUCGCCGGAGUUGGCAUAUAAGCCGAUUGCGCAGUUGGUCAAGGCGCCGUUGCCCGCCUUUCGCUUCACAUAUCUCUUUUCCAAAGACGGGACCGACGCCAAGCGAAAGGAGGAGGACGGGGAACAGGGAGGUGAGCAGGAGUAUACGCAGCCGUCAGUGACGGGCGAAGACACGACGGACGAGUUCCUUUCGACGGGGGUGGCGCUGGUGGACCGCGUCCUGCGUCUCACCGGGGAGGAGCGUUUCCUGCUGACCGUGACGCGCUGGUCCGAGCUCCUCGGGGCGGUGCUUCUCAACGGACAGGAGCGCAGCCCUCCGUCGAACUACGAUCGACUGAAGGAACUUGUGCAGCGCCUACCAUGCGGAGCAGCCACUAUGGACGCAUUUGAGGACGAGGUGCGGCUGGCAGGCAAAAACGUGCAACAUUUGCUGCAAAGCUCGCGGGGUCAGGGCGUAUACACCGUUGGAUGUCUCUUCAACCACUCCUGCGACCCGAACCUGCAGGUGGUACACAGCGACGCUGGUGAUGAGAUGCUGUCGGUCGUCGCCCUGCGCGACAUUGAGCCAGGGGAGGAGCUAUGCAUCAGCUACAUUGAUGAGACCUUGUCGUAUCCCGAACGACAGCAGGAGCUGUACGAGCACUACCUCUUCACCUGCCGCUGUCCUACGUGUGAGCGAGAGUCAGUCGCCCACAAACUCGGGGAACAUUCUGAGAAGGCGCCGUCCUCCGCGCGCACAUUCUCGCAAUCACCAUAA